AUGCCAAAAGACGUCAAAUCCAGCAAGACCGCCUUGAAAGGUUCAAAACCAGCGGCAAAGAAACAAAAAGGUAAAAAUGAUGAAGUUGAUCUUUCCAUGGCCAGUAUAGGCCACCCAGAAAUCUUUCCUUUGCAUUUGACUGCAAAGACCCAAGAAAUUUUUAAUUGCCAACCUGAUGAAGAUGUCACAGAAGAAAUUUUUUUCAAGUGUAUUAAAAAAGAGGAUAUAAUUCAGGACCUGGAAACAAGAGCUAAAUCUUCUGAUUUCCACCUUCUCAAUAAAGUCAUCCUAGAAUAUCCAGGGGAAGAACUCUUGGUAAUUUUUGAUCCAAGCUUCCAGUAUGGACAGAACUUUUACAUUGUUGCUUCUGAAGAAGCCAAGGAAAAUUUUCUAAAGUCUUUAGCAGCUGCUGAAGAAAAAGAAGAAACAGAAGAAGAAAACAUAGAGGAAACUCUGGAAGUCCACAAACCUUGGGUUUCCCUUGGCAGCGAAAAGGAAGUUGAAGAAGAAUCUGUUAGAGAAAGGGAUACAAAGAUUAAGUACAAGAUCUCUCGAGUUCGCAGGAUGUUUGGUGCACCCAUUACAUUUACUGACAAGAAUGCUGCAGAUGAAAAAGACAGCUAUGCUGAAUGCACGGCCUAUGAAGAUGAUACUUUCAGUAUUAAAAUACUUGAAAGGGAUGUGGGGGUGCAAAUGGUUCCAAAACUAAGAGAAACUAGUACUCAGACAAAAUGGACCUAUCCAAAAAAUGCAUCCACGCAGUAUUAUCCAAGGCAGCUGUCAAAUGAAGCAAAAGCAGAGAGUCUGUCAUCUGAGACCCUGAAAAAUUUUCUUACAGCAGUACAUUUAAGAGUGGAAAUUGCACUGCAGCAAAAUGAAAUUAUGAACGUUUUUUUUGAUGACUGGAAGGCCCUAGCAGAAGACCAAGAAGAAGGCAAGCCAGAUGUUUAUCUUAAAGAAUACCAAUCAUUUACAGAUGUGCAGUAUCUCAAGAACAGAACCAUUAGCUGCGUUCGCUGGCAUCCAACCAUUUAUGGGAUUAUAGCACUGUCAGCAAGAGAGCAGCCUUCAUAUGAAGAACAAGUUAACCUUUCUAAUAAAUCAUUGCUACACCAGUCAGUUGUACUUUUCUGGAGUUUGUUUGACCCUCUCUGCCUCCAGUUGGUGUUGAAGGCUCCUGAAGAUAUUUGCUGCUUUCAGUUUAGUCCAAGUGAUCCAAAUAUCAUUGCUGGUGGCUGUGUCGAUGGACAGGUUGUAUUGUGGGAUAUUUCUAAACAUGAAGAAAAGCUGGAAAGUACAAAGCCUGUUGCUGAUGAAAUCAUUGACUCAGAGGGUGAGCCAAGAGCAGCAGCAGCAGUGGUGGCUGAGCCAUUCCCUAAGCGAGUCCAGCAGAGUAGGCUAGAGCCACCUCUAGUGAGACACUGUGCAGCCUCUUCCACACCAUAUUGUCAUACAAAGCCACCAACAGAUGUACAGUGGCUACCAUGUAACCUUGAGGAAAAUCAAAAGGGUGGUACUUCUGAAAACAAAGAUGAAAAAAAGCUGCAGCUUGUAACCUGCUCCCCUGAUUGCUCAAUAUUAUUUUGGGCUAUUCCAUCCAUUGAACGUCGUGAACAAUUUUUAUCUGAGAAAAUGAAGGAGGAGAAAAGAUCUCGCAUGCCCCAUGAUGAUCCAAACACUGAUGAGGAUUUAGAUCUCUCCUGGAAACCUCUCAUAAAGAUAAAUCUGCGUGAAAGGGAUAACAACACAGAGUAUGGUCCCACGAGAAUCAGUUUAGGGAAACUGCAGUAUCGUUACAAACCCCCAGGGAGGGCAAGAUCUCGGAGCACACUAAGAGCACCCACCAAAGAGAGCUCAUAUACAGAGAUGAGUACUUCUUCAAGCAAAAAUCUGGAACUGCUAGAGAAUAUAUCCACAGACUUCUUUGUUGGAAACGAAGAUGGAGAAGUUGUUUAUUCUGAAUGGAAAAAGAAAAUUGAUACUAAUACAGCAAAACCAGUUAGUCAGAAGCACUCCCAGAAAUACGCGCUCCACACUGAAACUAUCAACACUCUCCAGAAAUCUCCAUUUUUUAAAGACAUCUUUCUAAGCAUUGGAGGCCAGAAGUUUGCCAUUUGGAAAGAAGGAGUUACAAAUGGACCAAUCCUUCAGUCAAGCUGCUCUGCAGGAAGAUACACUGCGGGACAAUGGUCCUUAACAAGACCAGGAGUUUUCUUCAUUGGCAGAGACAAUGGAAAUAUAGAUAUUUGGGACUUACUGAAGAAAACUCAUGAGCCAUCUCAUUUCCAGAACAUCUCCAAAUCAACCAUCACUUUUAUCAGCCCCUCCAGUGCCACAGCAGAGCAGCAUUUUCUGGCUGUUUCUGACAAUCUUGGAGUUCUGCACAUUUUGGAAAUCUGUCAAACAUUAUGUCACCCUUCUAGUAAUGAGCAUGCCAAGGUACUCGAUUACUUGGAAAGAGAAGUCAAAUAUCUGAAGUACUGUGAAGAGGAGUUUGAAGAGUAUCAAAAAUUUCAAGCCAAAACAGAAUUGAAAUUGAGCUGGAGACAGAGAGACAGAAAACAGUAUGUUACAUUUGGAAUUGAGAACAUUUUCUAUGUUUCUUUUUAUCUUUAA